CUUAGGGUCCGCGGAAUGUUGGCUCACUUCAGUCCGAGCAUUUCCCUGGAACUGUUCGAGCUGUACGGCCGGGUGCUGCAGUUCCUGGUGGCCGGAGAGACCACCGUCUUCUACUACAAUCCAAGCGGUCUCAACUGCAGCUGGCACUGGCUCUGGCAGCGGAACCUCACCACCAAUCCGCAGAUUGUCUGGCAGAGGGAUGAGCCCGCAGUGGAUCUAAUUAAACAGUUCAACAGCAAUCUCUUUGUCCUGGCCUGCUUGUCGAUGGAGUUCAACGAGUGGGAGCUCCUGGGCCUGGCCUCGAGUCUGAGCCACCUCCGAGGGGUGCGUGUGCUGAUCGAGGUGGCGGGCACUGGCAGCCCCAGCGAGGAGCUUCUGGCAUCCAAGAUCCUGUCGAAUUGCCUCAAGAAUAGCAUGUUGAAUGCGAUGCUGUAUUUCCAGCAAUGGAGUCGCCUUUUAGUCAUCUACAGCUUUCGCGCCUUUCCCCACUUUGAUCUCAUCAAGCAGAAAAUUCUCCCCCAGGGCCCAACCGGACUCCAGAUGUUUGUGGACCAGCUGGCCGAUAUCCGAGGCUUGGAGAUUGUAGCCAUUCCGGACUUAUCGCCACCAAAUUCUUUUCAAUACACGGAUGUUAAUGGACAAAAGCGAGUGGCUGGCUACCUGUGGACGUUCAUUGCAGAAUUUGCGAGCAGCUUGGGGGGCAGGCUGAAGGCGUCGUACCCCACAUGGAGUUCGGGCAGGACACCUGCUAGCCGGUACAUGCAGGAGCUGACCAGGAAUGCCAGCGUGGACUUUGGACUCACGACCACCAUGGUUACGGAAAAGGAGCUCAAGUCCAUCUAUCAGUACUCCUAUCCCAUACUCUACUCGAGCUGGUGCACUAUGCUGCCCAUGGAGCGGCCCAUACCCGUGUUCUCGCUAUUCCAUCGGAUUCUGAGCUACGAGGCCGUGAUUUUGGUGCUAACAGCCAGCCUGGUUCUUGGCCUGCUGGUUCCGGGGCUACUCAAAUAUCUGGACAUCAACUUUCGCUGGAGAUUGUUGCACCUGACGCCACGGCUGCUGGCGCUCGUCCUCGUCUGCGCAUGCGCGGCUCAAUUGCUCUCCCUGCUGAUCUCGCGACCGACCUCGACACGGAUCGAUAGCUUUGAUGAUCUGCUGCGGUCGGGUCUGAGGAUUUUUGGUAUGCGCAGCGAGUUCUAUUUCCUCGAGGGUGAUUUUCGGGCCAAGUACGCGGCGGCAUUCCAUUUGACCAACGAUCCCACCGAACUCUACGACAAUCGAAACUAUUUCAACACCAGCUGGGCCUACACCAUCACCACCGUGAAGUGGGCUGUCAUCGACGCCCAGCAGCGGCACUUCACUCGGCCCGUCUUUCGCCUCUCCCGCGACAUGUGCUUCAAUGGGUUCAUGCCGAGCUGCCUGCUCAUCCCGCCCGAGUCUGUGUACAGGGACCGGCUGCAGCACUUCACCUUGCGAAUGGAUCAGUCGGGCCUGAUUGCGUACUGGAUCCGGAUGAGCUUCUACGACAUGGUCAAGGCCGGACGCAUGACCAUCAAGGACUACAGUCAAACGCAGCAACUGCCUGCUCUCAACCUGAAUGACAUUCAGCUGGCCUGGCACCUGAGUCUCCUGGGAGUGAUUAUUUCCCUCGUCGUAUUUGGCCUAGAACUGCUGCGAUUCUACACGCCCGUCUUUCUGAACAGCCUAUAGGGCACCCCCUAUAAAGCACUUUGCUUUGUUAUUUUCGCUGUACUCGCAUAUAAAAAUAAAUGCAAAUUGCUUACCAGGAAGACACCGCAGCAACACGACGAGCGAGCGCCACGAAAUCAGACUCCCAAUGCGAAAUCAGAAAGAUACAAACCACAAGAAAUCCACCAAAUUAUGUAAAGCCUUGCCAGCAAACAUCAACAAUUUUGUGGCCUAGUCCCGCCAAGGGGGGGAGAGGGUGUCUGUCUUUUACACUCUGGCACUCUGUGGUAGGACAACGCAAGAAGUGUCUGAUUCGCUGGCCCGUUUUGAUUAACAUAAAGCGAAUAAUAGACAUCGACUGCCAGCAACAGCAACAGCAACGUGAACAGAUUUGAUUUCACGAUUUUGCACUAUUUAGCCAGAGAAGACG